AAAUGAGGUCAAACAGUUAAGAGUUUCUAAAAUUCUGAGACUCAAAAUAAACACUUCAUGAAUUUUAUUUGAGAAAUGAAAGAGUUUGGUAAGAGCAGACCUCAUAAUCCUAACUUACAAUGCAAAAACAGAGUAAAAUUUCAAAAAUAAUAAUUUUACGAUGUUUGCAGAUUUUCUAAACACUAGCCAAGUUUCAGAGGCAUCUUGGUUGUUCACCAUCAGGAAAACGAAGAGCAGUUUCUUUCAUAAAUAUUAAGAAGCAGCUAUACUCAAUUCUGAACCAUACUUUAAGGAAACCUUCAUUUCUUGCUAAAUAAGCUAGUAUGGCUCUCAGUCAUGAUUCUGCAUCUCAAUUUCCCAUAAGUUCUUUGUCUUUGGUUAUAAAAGAGGCAAUAAAAUGGAGAUUUGAAAUUUAUCAUAAUUUCCUCUGAAAUAAAAGGAUUAAGACUCCAGAGAAUUUAUCUAAAAAACUGUUUGGAUUACUUAGAAGGGGUUUCAAAGAAAUUUACACCCAUCAAGAAAGCGAAUUAUCAAAUGUACUCGAGGAUACAGUCUGGAUGUGUUCAAAUUUUAUUAGAGCAACAGGAUUCAUUCGGACGAAGCCCAGACUUGAGAAGAUAGGUUUAGAAUUAAACCAGCUUUCGUUAGUGAAUUGAAUUUUUAUGAUUAGCGAAAAUUUUUCUCUUGAGUAUUGUUAGAUUUUCCAAAAAUAAGCAACCUCUGACAGGAUACACAAAGAAAAUAUAUGUAAUAAAAGAUCGAAGCCUAUCAUAAAAAAAUUGACGAAGGACUGUCUCUCUGGUGUAUCAAAUUCUCCAUAUUAAGCAUCAGAGGGCAAUAAAUCAUCUAUGGCUCACUACAGAUUCCAAAAUUAAGGUUGGCAGACAAAAUAUUGAAAAAUUAGUGCCAGAGCUUCUCUUUGAUAGGGCAAUGAAAGAUCUAGCUAUAAUUUUGAGAUAUACCACAACGAAUAUUACUCUAUUCAUCCCAGCAGUCUUCUCUCCUAUCUAGAAGUUUCCUUUGAAAACUGAUUUUAACAGUUCAUGAAAAUUUAGAUAUCUUUGCUUCUUAAAUUGCUAGAUUUUAUAUGGAUUCACAAGAUAAUAUGAACCAGGAGUGUAAGAGAGAGUAUCUGAAGACAAAAGAUUGGCUUACA